GUGGCUGCAAUUUCCCCUAGCCUUUCCUCUCCUUCCUCCUGAGGCCUGACUCCCACCAGUUGCUUUUUAAAAGCUUGGUCGGUUGCAAAUUUGUCUUAUUUCCCGCUCCCUCUGGCCAAUGGAAGGGGAACCCUGCAUAGGUGGACGAGUGCACGCCUGAAAUCGGUGCACUCAGGCGAGGGGGGGGGGCGUGGAUUUGGAAGUGACACUGGUUUCCGUGCUGUGGUUGCAAGAGGGGAUCUUGCAAGUAACCGACCUCCACAGGCGGAACUUGGCGGAGGCGACGUUCCGUUUCUUCCCGGGGAACGUUCCACAAACUUUGGCGCGCGCGCUCCCCAGGGACAGUUUUGUCGUUGUUGCAAAUUGCAAAAAGACUCUCUUUCCCCUUUGCAAAAGCUCAGCAAGCAGCACAGAGAGGGAGGGUGAUGGCGUGCCUGGAAGAGGAGAUCCGGGCUCGGCUGGAGCGUGCCGGCCAGUCCCACUUGCUGCGCUUCUGGGGCGAGCUGGACCCGGCGCAGCGAGACUCGCUGCUGGAGGCGCUGGCGAAGCUGGACGCCGAGGAGCUGGGCGAGCAUUGCCGGAAGGCGGCGAAGGCCUGCGCGCAGGAGGAAGAGCCGCGCCAGGAGAGACUGGGCUGCCGGAUAGAGCCCGUCCCUCCAGAGUUCUUCGGCAGCGUCUGCAGGAGCGACCGGCGGACUUUGGAGCAGUGGGAGGAAGAGGGGCUCCGUAAGAUCUCCCAGAACAAGGUGGCCGUGCUCCUUCUGGCUGGAGGGCAAGGGACACGCCUCGGGGUGCCUUACCCUAAGGGCAUGUAUGAUGUGGGGCUGCCGAGCCGGAAGACCCUCUAUCAGAUCCAGGCAGAGCGGAUCCGCAGAGUGGAGCAGCUGGCUGGUGAUAAGUUUGGAACUCGCUGCACAGUCCCUUGGUACAUUAUGACCAGCGAGUUCACUUUGGGACCGACAGGGAAAUUCUUCCAGGAGCACAACUACUUUAACCUGGAGAAGUCCAACGUCGUCAUGUUUGAGCAGAGGAUGCUCCCAGCUGUGGCAUUUGAUGGGAAAGCGAUCUUGGAAGAGAAAGGCAGGAUUGCCAUGGCGCCAGAUGGCAAUGGCGGUUUGUACCGCGCCCUGAUGGACAACAAGAUCCUGGAGCACAUGGAGCAGUGUGGCAUCCAGUACAUCCAUGUCUACUGUGUGGACAACAUCCUUGUCAAAAUGGCAGAUCCUGUCUUCAUUGGUUUCUGUGUCUUGAAAGGGGCUGACUGCGGUGCUAAGGUAGUGGAAAAAGCCUACCCCACAGAGCCUGUUGGGGUGGUGUGCUCUGUGGACGGAGUAUAUCAGGUGGUGGAAUACAGUGAGAUCCCCUUGGAAACGGCACAGAGGAGAAAUGCGGAUGGCCGGUUGACAUACAGCGCUGGAAAUAUCUGCAAUCACUUCUUCAGUCUUGACUUCCUGAAGGCUGUCACAGAGAAGUUUGAGCCCUGCUUGAAACGCCAUGUGGCUGUCAAGAAAGUCCCUUUCGUCGACCAGGAGGGCAAUCGGGUGAAGCCGCUAAAACCCAACGGGAUAAAGCUGGAGAAGUUUGUGUUUGAUGUCUUCCAGUUUUCCAAGAAGUUCGUAGCCUUUGAGGUCCCGAGGGAAGAGGAGUUCUCGCCUUUGAAGAACUCCGAUGCGGCCGACAAAGACACUCCCACCACAGCUCGCCGGUCACUCCUCUGCCAGCACUACCGUUGGGCUGUGAAGGCAGGAGCUCGAUUUGUCAAUGGCAAUGGCCAGAGGAUACCUGAGGAACCAAGUUUAUCAGGAGAUGAUGACCCACCCGCUGUAUGUGAGAUUUCACCUCUAGUCUCUUACUUUGGGGAGGGACUAGAGAAGUACCUGAAAGCCAAAGACCUCCAGUCACCUUUUCUUCUCGAUGAAACCAAAGCAGAAACAUUAACAAGAGCUUGAAUGAAGACACAACUUGGAAGAUUCUCCUCUGCGACCACCUUUUUGCUUGACUGUUGCUUUAUAUUUAAGAAAAGAAUAAUUUUGAGAAACUAUCAGCCAAAAAUCUUCUAACUUUUCUUCUUCUGGGUUGGGGUUGUGCCUGGAGAGUGAUGAAGUCCUCUGUUUCUGCCCUUGUUUGUCCCGAUAGCAUUCUCUGCAACUUGCAAAGAGCUGUCUGAAAUAAGACCUGCCAUCCUUACUAUAGCUGAGAGGUCCCUUGUGUGUAAUGCUGAAAUUGGAGUUAUAGGUAAGGUAGCCAUGUUGGUCUGACGUAGUCGGAACAAAAUAAAAAAAUUCCUUCCAGUAGCACCUUAGAGACCAACUAAGUUUGUCCUUGGUAUGAGCUUUCAUGUACAUGCACACUUCUUCAGAUACACUGAAACAAAAGUCACCAGACCCUUAUAUAUAGUGAGAGGGUGGGGAGGGGUUUUACUCAGAAGGAUGGUGGGAAUGGGUGAUUGGCUGAAUUUUGUGCUGAAAUUGGAGGCAGUCUUGGGAAUUCUUUGCUGGUGUCAACACUCAAAGGAACCUGAGAGGCAGGAGAUAGCUGAGAGGAACCUCCAAAUAGCGCUGCACAUAUUCCAUACAUAUGAUUUAUCAAUGCAGGGUGAAGGGUCCCUGUAUUAUCUUGGAGUAUGACUCAGUGGCAGAACAAACAGGAGGACCCAUGUUUGAUUAUCAACAACUCUACUUAAGAGGAUGUUAGGUGGUAGGUCUGGAGAAAGCUCUCUGCUCCAGACCUUGGAGAUAAGCUUCCAGUGCAUAGCAAUCAGUGCUUACCUAAAUGUGCAUUUGCAAGAACUUUAUGCACUCAAAGUUAAAGGCAUUGUCUGUGUCCAAAAGCUCUUGCCUCAUCUUGGAAGUACUGCCCUUAUUGCAGAAGAGACAGGAUCUGAAUUGCAUCUAUUUUGGCAGUGCCAUUUUGAAUCUGGUGUGAAAGCUUCCCUCUUCGCAAAUCUUUGUUUUCUUUCUCCUUUUUAAUUGUUUUCUUUCUCCUUUUUAAUUAUCCCAAAACCGUCUUUUGAUACUGAUAAUGCCCUCCCUGAUCUGGUACCCUCUAGUUGUUUUAGGACACUACAGUUUCUCUAAUCUAUGACCAUGCUGACUGGGGCUGAUGGGAAUCCAACCAUAGCUGAAGUCGCCACAUUGGGGAAAGCUGCUUUAUACAUGUUCUGGAAGAAGGUGAUGAAAACCCUACAUUGCCGAUUUUGUAAUUUUCGCAUAUUAAAGGUGAUUUUUAAAGCCUUAA